UCUAUUUACAUAAACUUUUUAUGCAUGAAGAGAGCUCUUGAAGAGCUUGUUCAAGUAACAUGGCCGAGCUUGUUUUCUUUGACGUCGAGACUACGGCGGCGGCGGGACGAGGACGGAGGUUUUGGGUGGUAGAGUUUGGAUCGAUUGUGGUGUGUCCGAAGAAGCUUGUGGAAGUGGAGAGCUUUUGUAGUCUAGUAAGGCCGCCUGAUAUUUCUUUGGUUGCUCCAAGGAGGCUUAGUGGCAUUACGAGAGAGGCGGUGGCGACGGCUCCCAUGUUUGAGGAGUUGGCUGAUCGAGUUUAUGACAUUUUGAACGGGAGAGUAUGGGUAGGACAUAACAUACUCAGAUUUGAUUGCCAUCGGAUAAAGGAGGCGUUCGCUGAUAUUGGUCGGCAGCCGCCGGAGCCUAUCGAUGUGAUAGAUUCAUUGGAGAUUUUAGCAAAGGCGUUCGGCAGAAGAGCCGGCGAUCUCAAG